AUCAGGUAGCAGAGGGCCGGCUUGGUCCCUCUACUGUGGUGUUGGACCACACGAGUGGUUUUGAGGGGCUCCUGCUGGUGGAUGAUGACUUACUUGGGGUGAUUGGCCACAGUAACUUCGGGUCCAUCAGGGCCACGACGUGUGUGUAUAAAGGGAAAUGGAUUUACGAGGUGCUCAUCUCCUCCCAGGGACUCAUGCAGAUUGGCUGGUGUACUCUCAACUGCAGAUUUAAUCAGGAGGAAGGAGUUGGAGAUACACCAGAUUCUUACGCGUAUGAUGGAAACAGGGUGCGCAAGUGGAACGUGACUACCACCAACUAUGGCAAAGUGAGUAGCUGUCCUCCCAGGAAUGGGGUGUAAAGAGAAG